AUGAAUCUAUACACCCAUACACUAGAGAAUGAAGUUUGCAAAAGCGGGAAGAAGAAGGUCAAGGCCAUCGCAAGAGCCCUUCGACAUGUCGAACAGGCGUCGUGGACUCCCGGACGACGGCGGUUCAGCCAGAUUAGCGCCACACGCCGUGAUUCCGUCCAAUUCCCGUUGACACCUAACGAUAUACCUGGAUUCAGCAGUGUAACGCAGCGUCAUGCAGGUAAUUUGGCAAACCAGACAGCACCAGCACCAGAACGGCCACUGCUCCGAACUCCGGCAUCCCGCUUCGACCAGACUGAGGGAUAUGGAAGCAUUCUUCCCGAUCCCGCAAUAGACCCGGAUGACAACUACUUCACGCCUCGGAAUGAAUCAUCUACACUAUACGGUGAUGGACAUCUAACACCCUAUACAAAGACCCAGAAAAAACCUCGCGCUGGACACAACACACAAUCUGGGCGCGGAUCAUUGCGGAAACAAAUCAGCGACCGACGACCUACAGUUGGCACACCCAGCCCAAGACCCUCAUUUAUUCACAGAAUAUUCUCAUCCGUCCCAGAGUAUGAGAACUCCAAAGCCCAGGCACCUGCACGAGAGCAGGCUCUUGCCGAGCUCAAAGCUAAGGAGACCGAGUUUUUUGCCUUUAUGGACAAGGAGCUGUUGAAAAUUGAAACAUUUUACAAGUUGAAAGAGGAUGAAUCGACGAAAAGGCUCCAAUUACUCAGGGGUCAGCUUCACGUCAUGCGAGACUCACGACUCGAAGAAAUAAGGAUAAAGAGGAACAAGUCUAAAUAUGAAGCUGAAGGGGAUAUGAGUGCCAUUAGAGGCCCUGCUGGCCAGACUGCUACCUCCUGGACUAGGCCGUUAGCCCGUGGCAGAGGCUCCCAUAUGGGGAAGACAACCAGAGCAAUGACACAGUUGGCAACACCCAGCGGCCCAGAGCCUCAAGCAAUGCCCGAUGAGCAAAGAGAUUAUGUUACCCGCAAAGAAUACCAAAGUGUACCUUAUAGCUCUGCCAAAAGGAAACUAAAGCUUGCCCUUUUAGAAUUCUAUCGCGGCCUAGAAUUGCUUAAAUCAUAUGCUGAUUUAAACAGAAAGGCCUUUCGAAAGAUGAAUAAAAAGUAUGACAAGGUUUCAUACGCUCGCCCUACAGGCAGAUACAUGACCGAAAAGGUCAAUAAGGCAUGGUUUGUGCAAAGCGAUAUUGUUGAAAACCACUUAGUUGCGGUUGAGGAUUUGUAUUCCCGCUAUUUUGAACGAGGGAACCGCAAAGCUGCCACUCAUAAAUUGCGUGGCAAAUCAGGGGUUUCAACAGAUUUCUCCCCCAACUCGUUCCGAAGUGGACUACUACUAGCAGGGGGUUUUGUAUUCGCUGUUCAGGGCCUUGCAUAUGCAAUUGGACACUUGUUCAACGAUGACAUAGAUGUAAAGACUGAAACGAGCUAUCUUCUUCAGAUAUACGGUGGAUAUUUCCUUAUUCUUGUCCAUUUCUUUCUCUUUUGUCUGGACUGUAGGGUUUGGACUCUAUCUAAAAUCAACUAUAUUUUCGUUUUCGAGUAUGAUACCCGCCAUGUUCUAGAUUGGCGUCAACUUUCGGAGCUACCGUCCCUGUUCAGUCUUCUCCUGGGGCUCUGCAUGUGGUUAAACUUCCGCUGGAUAAAUUCAUUUUAUAUAUACUGGCCUGUGGUCUUAAUUGGAUUAACCGUCGUUACCUUAUUUCUACCUGCGCGAAUUCUCUACUACCGAAGCAGGCUUUGGUGGGCAUACUCACAUUGGAGGCUGCUCCUCGCAGGUCUCUAUCCUGUGGAAUUUAGAGACUUCUUCCUAGGCGACAUGUACUGUUCCCAGACUUAUGCCAUGGGGAACAUCGCACUCUUCUUUUGUUUAUAUGCAAGUAGAUGGGAUAAUCCGCCAAUGUGCAAUUCCUCACAUUCCCGCGCACUUGGCUUCGUGACAACGGUUCCUUCAAUAUGGCGUGGGUUCCAAUGCCUUCGUCGUUACUACGACACACGCAAUGCAUUUCCUCAUCUCGUCAAUUUUGGGAAAUACUCUUUUUCUAUACUUUACUACCUAACCCUCAGCUUAUACCGUAUCGACAAAUCGGAUACUUUACGUGGAAUAUUCAUCACUUUUGCCUGCCUCAAUGCCAUAUACGCAUCGGUCUGGGACUUGGCAAUGGAUUGGAGUUUGUGCAAUCCUUAUUCGAAAAACCCAUACUUACGAGAUUACCUUGGUUUCCGACGUCGAUGGGUAUACUAUAUCGCCAUGAUAAUCGACCCCAUACUACGCUUCAACUGGAUCUUAUACGCCAUCUUCAUAAACGACAUCCAACACUCAGCUGUUUUGAGUUUUGCCGUUGCACUCUCCGAAGUAUGCCGUCGUGGAAUGUGGACGAUUUUCCGUGUUGAGAACGAACAUUGCACGAACGUCGGCAGGUUCCGAGCUUCAAGAGAUGUCCCACUUCCAUAUGACAUAUCAAUGGCCGUGUCCGACGAGGAAGGAGCUUCUUCCAUCCCCCCCGUCCCUACUUCAUAUACUGGACGGGGGUCAAAAAGCUCGCCUCCUCACGCCCUCGGGCGCAUGCCAACAAGCGGAACCGCCGUAUCGAGCGGCGCUGCUGCACAUAUGCCUGAUCUUGAGAGCGGUGAUGGAGCAGAUGCAUCCGCCGGUUCACUUCGACGUCGACACUAUUCGAAGCGAGAAGAAAGUACUCCGCCGAGCGGAACGUUGGCUCGGGUAUGGGCCAUUGAGAACGACCCAUGGUAG